CAACGUUGUACCAGCCUUUGCCUAAUAUCCUACACCUCCCCUGUUUUUGCGCUACACAUCCUUUCUAUUUAAAGGUUACGACCGGCACCUUUCGUUCGAUACUCUCACACGGUCAAGCCUGUUAGCCCUGGAACUCAUAGCUCUGUUUUGCUUAGAGCUUGCUUUCUCGAUGCCCACCCGCCUAUCUUGGGAUUUACCUGAGGCAGCUGCAGCACAGGCCUCCUGCUGAAAUCCGCAGCCACCGCCAGCAGCAGGCGAGUGGAGCUACAGUAGACAAGUCAGGCUAAAGAAUUAUGGCCUCAGAGCGCUUCGAAAGACGCCACUGCAUCGGUCGAGGUUCGUUUGGAGAUGUCUACGAGGGGUAAGCAACGGGGCAUAUUUCAGUACUAUACCGUGCUUUUACGGGAAGGUUUGUGAAACAUGGCAUUUUGCCAGUAUGGUCUAGCGCCUCAAGCAUCCAGGGCGCUGACCUUACCUGCCUUCCACAUCCCUUUUCGCCGCAGCGUGGACAACGUCACCGGUCAAGCUGUGGCAAUAAAAGUCAUUGAUUUGGAGGAUGUGGAGGAUGACAUCCAGGAAAUCCACAAGGAGAUUCAAAUGCUGGCGGGAUGCAAGUGUAAAAACAUCACCGAGUACUACGGCUCCGUGCUGCGCAGCGGCAGUGCGGAGUUGCACAUCGUGAUGGAGUUGAUGGCCUGCUCCGUGUUUGAUCUGGUGCACCACGGGCCGCUGGACGAGGCAUGCAUCGCCUUUGUGCUCUCCCAGGUGCUCAACGCGCUUGUCUACCUGCACUCGGAGCACCGAAUACAUCGGGACAUUAAGGCGGCUAACAUCCUGCUCUCCCACAGCGGCGACGUGAAGAUCACCGACUUUGGGGUAUCGGGGCAGCUGACGGGCACACUGGGGUACCGCCGGAAGACCUUUGUGGGCACUCCCUUCUGGAUGGCGCCGGAGGUGAUUGACACCUCCGAGGAGGGCUACAGCGAAAAGGCGGACGUCUGGUCGCUGGGCAUCACCGCCAUUGAGAUGGCUACCGGCGCCCCGCCGCACGCCGCGCUGCACCCCAUGCGCGUGCUGUUCCUCAUCCCCAAGGGCCCCGCGCCCCUGCUGACGGGCGACAACUUCUCCCCGGAGCUCAAGGACUUCGUGGCCACGUGCCUCAAGAAGGACCCCGCGGAACGCCCCGCAGCCAGGGACCUGCUGCAGCACCCCUUCGUCGCGGGCGUGUCGCAGCCCCCGGACCACCUGCCUGCCAUGGUGCACGAGCUCGCGCGGCACAAGAAGCCGGUCACGUCGCGGCGCAGUGCGGAUGAAACCCUCAUGGCGGGCGGCACCCUGCCGGCAUGGGACUUUGGGACCAUGGGGCGCCGGGGCGGGGGCGCGGCGGCGGCGGCGGUGGCGGCCGCUGCGGCGGCGGGCACGGUUCGUGCCAUGGCGUCGGUUGUGAGCAGCGGCGGGACGGUCCGGGGGAGUGCCUCGGGGGAUGUGAUGCGGGAGACGCUACGGCAGCAGCAGCCGGCGGUGGCGAUGGCGACGGUGGCGUCACGUGGCGUUGAGCCGCUGGGUCGGGUUGCGGGUGCAGGCCUGAAGGAGGUGCUGUCUGGGGGCACUGCGGCGGCGGUGGGUGGCACGCCGCUGACGCCUCGAAUGGCCAAUGGGACGCUUCCCUCGGCGGCGACGGCAGCAGCCGCCGCUGCGGCCGCCGCGGGAGCAGCAGCAGCAGCCAGUCGUGAGUCGCUGCCGGACCUAGAACGCGUCCAUGCAGACUCGCAACCCCCCCUAGCAACGCACGGCUCACCGUCACGGCACUCAACCGGCGACGGUGACAGCGCCGCCGCCACCCCCCGUCUGCCCGGGCCGCCCUCCGUUUCCGGGAGCGAGGGGUUCGUCCUUCCCAGCGGCGGCAGCAGCUCGCCGUUGCCAGGUCUGCCGCGGGGCGCCCCGCCGCCGGCAACCAAGUUUGCAACCAUGUCCUCCGCGGAAGCGCGCAUGUACCGCGACCUUGUAGCUCGGGGAACGACGGCUGCAGGCGGGGCGGAAGGAGGCGGAGGUGGCGGCGCUGCUGCAGCCAAGCAAGGCGCUGCCGGCGGCGUGGGGCUGCGAGGCGGGGGCCCGGCGGGAGGGUUGGGCCGAACGAGUCUUUCUACCGGGUCCACGGCACCCGGGAGCUUACCGGCGUCUGCGGCUGUUGCGCCGACGGGCGGGAAGGGCCCGGCGCACAACCCCAGGUAUUCAACUCUUACUUCCUCAGCAGAGUCGUUAGAUGACAGCCGAGGCGGGCAGCCGCAAGCAGCGGGCGAUGGUGAGGCGGGGCCGUCGGCUGGCGGCGAGGGUGGCGAUAAGUACGGUACUGUGCAAUCUCGUGCCAGCGUUACUGCGAGUGGUGGCAUUGCGAGCAGCGUUUCGCCGUCUGGGUCCCUUCGCUCCCACACCACCAGCAACGGCAGCGGCACCGCAGGCAUUGGGAAAGACGGCGGCUCAUCGGCGUAUGCAACGGUUCAGUCUAGACAACAGGUUGAGGACACGCAUGGCGACACGCACCGUCAUCCGCACUCCCAUUCAGAGCGCACGCAACCUGCGGGGUCCGGACCCGCCUCCUCAACCCCACCAGCACCACCCCCGCCCUCAUCCUCCUCUACAACACCUGCUGCCACCGCGCCCAACACCUCAACAGCACAGCAGCCUCGCGCCGCCUCCUCCUCCUCGGCUCCCGCUACGCCGCCUGCGACAUCAACAUCCGUAGCUGCUGCUGCCUCCGGCGCCGCCACAGCAGCACCCGCCGGUACACCAGCAGCAGCUGCCGCCAACGGUACGCCCGCAGGAGCCGCAGCCGCCCCUCCGGGCACCCAGGCAGCGGGCGGCAGCAGCAGCCGAACCCUGGUGGGCCUGAUGGCUCGCGAGGGCACCGCAGCGGAGAGCGCAGCGGUGCAGUCGCGGCUGCUGGUUCCCUGCCUGCGCGCCUCCUUCAACAGCGCGGACAAGGGCAGCCAGGCGCUGCUGUCGGGGCUCGUCAGCAACCUAGCACAGCUUGAAAAGAUGAUGCCCGGAGCGUCGUACCGGCUCGUCCAGGAGCUGCUGGUACGGCUGUCCUGCAGCAGCGAACCCGCCUUGGAGCCCCUGCGCGCCUCGGCGACCGGCCUCUACACCUCCGCCGCCGCCUCGCCGCUUCAGCCCAUGCAGUCCGGAAGCACCGCCGCCGGUGCCGCGGGCAUGUCAGCAGCGGGGCUGGGGCCCGCCUCCGCCGCUUCAUCCGCCAGCGGCCUUCCAACCGGGGGUGGCAGCGGGUUUUCCUCGGGUGUGGGUCGCUCCUCGGGGCGGCUGGGGGUACCUGACAUGGGCCCGCUGGGGGAGUUCCUGUUGGGUCGGUGGCGGGAGGAGGAGGCGCAUGAGGUGGCUUUGCUGGCGAGGAGCAUGGGGGGCAGGAGGUAACGGGAGGAGGGCGGGAGCUCCCAUGGUGCCUCUCAUUGAGGGGCAUGCUGUAAUAAUGGAGGCUGUGCCACCUCGGGUUGGGACAUAGGGGAUGGUAAACAUGUAGUGCAGGGCGUGUUGCCGGUGUGAGGGAAGUGGGUGUACUUCGGGCAGCAGCAGCGUCCAGGAAGGGGGCAUGUGCGUCUUAUCAAGGGGUAGGGGAGUGGAGUGGCUUCAAUAGCUAUGGACUGGACUGUAGGUAGACAUCUUCAGGUUGGUCGAGGGUGGGGGGGCGGUAUCACUGCUUAGUGUCUCAGUGCACUUAUGGUUGCGAUCCAACGGUGUGGGUUGGGCGCUUGGCGUGCAGGCCCUGGCAUGGGCCCUGGUCUGGCAUGACUCUAGAAUCUAAAGCAAUACGUGGCUGCAGUAUUGGGUACCCAUCAUUGACCUUCGGUUCCCCUGCUCCAUUGGGUCCAUUGAGGUUAGAAUUGCCCUCAUCCACCUAGAUCGGAAUGGGGCUCUGGCUUGUUUGCAUUGGCUAUUGUGUCGUGUCUUGUGUGGCGUGCGAAGGUGCAUCCAAGACGGGAGGGCCGCCCUGGCAAAUGCCGCUAUGGCUGUGGCAUGGAGGUUGUAAUGCUAGGGGAUGGGUUGCCGUGCGGACGUGAUUAUCUAGCUAUUCUAGGGGAAUGGAGGGAUAUGCAUGGGCUGAAGGUUAACAAGGUAUUACUGGACAUAAGCAGCCCCCAGCCUUGUGAGCUCAGGCAGCAGUCCUGUAAGCCAUGGUACUCGGCAUUGGGGCAUUGGGCGAAUGGAGGAUCCACCGGCUUGUGAUCCUCUUCGGG